UGCUCGUCUCCCCUUCCUGCAGAACGAAAGUGGGGAUCCUGGACUUCGAUCCCUGACGUUGGGGAACAGGAUGGCUUUCGUGAUGAUCCGAGAAGCCAAGGAGGGAGAUUGUGGAAAUAUCCUGAGGCUGAUUCGGGAACUCGCUGAGUACGAGAAACUCUCAGACCAGGUGAAGAUCAGUGAAGAAGCCCUGAGAGCAGAUGGCUUUGGAGAGACUCCUUUCUAUCACUGUUUGGUGGCAGAGAUUCUUUCUGCACCGGGGGAACCACAGGGGCCCUGUGUGGUGGGCUAUGGGCUAUAUUACUUCAGCUACAGCACAUGGAAGGGACGAAAUAUUUACCUAGAAGACAUCUAUGUGAAGCCAGAAUAUCGAGGUCAGGGGAUUGGUUCCAAAAUAAUCAAAAAAGUGGCUGAGGUGGCUUUGGAUAAGGGCUGCUCCCAGUUACGCCUGGCAGUCCUGGACUGGAACAAGAGGGCUAUGGACUUGUACAAGGCCCUCGGAGCCCAAGAUCUGACGGAAGCUGAGGGCUGGCACUGCUUUCGCUUUGAAGGAGAGGCGAUGAGGGAGUUGGCAGGAAAGUGAUGCCACCCCUGGGGGAUCACUGUUUCAGCUUCUCCAUCCCCACCAACUGAACACUCCUUAGAGACUGUCUCCACUGACCACAGCCUCCCUGAAGGAAGGGAAGGAGGGUCAGAGGUGAAUAUUCCCAGAUAGAAAGAGCAGAAGUGAGGAAGAGGCAGGCCUUCCCACCUCCUUAUUAAGCGUGAAAAAUAAAUGAGAAUUCCUCCUGUA